UUAUCUAAAUCAUAACUAGCGGGUUGAAAAUAGUGGAAUCCUAUCAAAACACAGCUAGCUAGCGUGUGACGUUGUCAUUGUUUUGACAGCAGCACCAGGCUGGAGCGAGUUUACAGUAUGCCAGAGUUAUAGCAUGGAUCCAGACAGUGAGCCGGAUACACAACGAGCUCUCAGUUUGCAAUGGAAGAGCUAUAAGCUCGUCCAAGACCCAGCCAUCCGGAGGGUUAACAACAAAAUAUACCGAUAUGAUGGGGUGCAUUUCAGUGUGCCGGACUCGGGGUUCCCCCCAGUGGGAGAUUUGCGGGACCCUCGACCUCGUAGAAUCUGGUCCAGGCACACAGAGAUGGCCCUGCCAGUGCCCAAGUUCAAACUGGAUGAGUUCUACGUGGGCCCCAUUCCCCUCAAGGAGGUGACCUUCGCUCGCCUCAAUGACAACAUCAAGGAACCCUUCCUYGCUGAGAUGUGCGCAAAGUUUGGAGAGGUGGAGGAGAUGGAGAUAUUGUUUCACCCCAAGACCCGUAAGCACCUGGGCCUGGCCCGCGUGCUCUUCACCAGCACCAGGGGGGCGAAGGACACGGUCAAACACCUGCACAACACCUCCGUCAUGGGMAACAUCAUUCACGCUCAGCUGGACAUCAAAGGCCAGCAGAGGCAGAAGUAUUAUGACCUGAUAGUGAGUGGCUCCUACACGCCCCAGACUGUGCCCACAGGAGGCAAGGCCCUGACAGAGCGGUUCCAGCUCCCAGCGCCAACACAGCCAGACACGUCGUCAGAUAUCAGGCGGAGACUGUCCUCUGAGAUAGCUGGCCUGGCUGUGGGCUUGGCUGCAGGGGUACCGGCUCUCACCCCUGGGAGCACCACCCCCUGCUCUGUGGACACAGGCUUCAGUGAGCAGCGUCUAGACACGACCCCCUCCUCRAUGGGGGGGCCCUACACCCCAGGCUCCUCCGCUUCCUCGCAGGGAGGAGGAACGCCCUACACCCCUCGCUCUGUCUCACAGGACUCGGGCUACGCUGUUGCCAGACAAGUUGGAUACAGUGCUGGCCCAUUGACCAGUGGCUACCCUCCCCAGGACAUGCUUCCCUCCUCCUCCUGCUCCUCCUCUACCGUCUCCUCCUCAGURGGGYCAUACAAAGCUCCCCGGUACUCGGAGGACCCCCAUGCACCRCCUCAAGACCCCUACCAAAGGUGUCGCCCCACAUACCCCCCUACCGGCCCUUUCCGUCCUAACGAGCCCCCGCUCUACCCCACAUACCCAAACYCUGGAGGGGCUGGACAGCACAUGGCACACCACCCUGCAAUGCCUCCCCCACCUCRUGCACCCCAGUACGAGCAGCCURCURUGGCAGACCGGGACAGAGAGAGGGACAGAGAGCGGGACAGGGACUCAGGAGGGCGGUACGGUGCCGGUGGGAUUGGCUCUAGAAGGUCAUCUUACCAGGAUGCCAACUCUUCCUCACAUUAUUCGCACCACUCGGACAGCAGUAGUAGUAGUAGUAGUAGCAGCAGCCGGCGACGGAGCAGCCACGACCGAGACAGCAGGGAGAGGGACAGAGACAGCGACUACUCAAACAGCUCCGACCCCAGAUUCAACUCCAACUCCCACCGCUCCUCCUCCAACAGCCUGUCCCCGCCUCCAUCUGCCUACCCCUCCUACUCUUCCUCCAAAGACCAACCCCCUCCCCACAACCCCUCUGUCUCCUCCCGCCUAGAGCCCUCCUCAGUGUAUCGUGCCCAGCCUAGUGGUGCUGGUUCUGGGGAGAGGGGGUCUGUGUCUGACAAGGACCCCCGAUCCCACCACACCCCUCUGCCGCCCCCUCCACCACCUCCCCUCCCCCCUGCCUCUGUGAUAGCGGCGGCUGUAGCAGAGACGCUCAGCACUCUUGACUUUGGCCAGGAGAGCCCAAUGACCAUACUAGUCUCCAUGGAACAGGACCUCUGCAGGAGGAGACAGCCCAACCUGAGCCUAUUGAUCCAAGGACCAGACAAGGGGCACAGACACCCCCCUACAACGGAAAGAGUCAGAACACACCAUACAGCAGUGACACCCACCACGCCACUCCUUCCUCCGUCUCUUCUCCUUCUUCAUCCCAGGCCCCCUGCCCUCCCAGACAGACCCCUCUGCCUCCCCUCUGACCCCACACAGCACUUUGGCACGUCCAUGCCUGCUCCACCCAUCCCCUCUUACCCCCUCACCCUCCCAGGCUUUUCCCUGCAGCCCCCUCCACCCCCCUGCAUCCCCCCACCGCUGGGCCACAUGGAGCUGCACUCUGAGUACCCUCCUCCCAUGCCCCCACACAUGUAUGACUAUGCCAGCAGUAUGGAGCUGAUGAACCAGUACAGUGGCGGAGCCCCCAUGUCCUUCCAGAUGCAGACCCAGAUGCUGAGUCGGCUGCACCAGCUAAGGAUGUCCUCUAAUGGCACCGCUGCCCCUGGCGACGCCCCCCCUUCAGACUACUACCACUCCAUGCCCCCUCCCCCACACACCCACCACCCCUACAUGGACCAAGAAGGGGGUGGCUAUGAGCAGGACCAGCACUACAUGCCCCCCCACAUGCCCUACGCCUACCCUGGCCCCUCUCAGAUGCCCCACCACCACGCCAUCCCCCCUCCACACACGGGCUGGGCCCCGCAUGUCUUACCCGAACACUACGCAUACCACACCCCUCCGCCCUAUGGGACUAUGCCUCCUGUGGGGGGYGAGGCCCAGUACGGGGCGGAGGGGGACCCCCAAAUGCCCCUGCUAACAGAGAACCCCCACGAGGCCACAGUGCAGCUGGUGCUGGCCACCCUCAUCCAGGAGAUGAAGAGCAUCAUGCAGAGGGACCUCAACCGCAAGAUGGUGGAGAACAUCGCCUUUGGAACCUUUGACGAGUGGUGGGAGCGCAAGGAGACCAAAGCCAAGCCGUUCCAGACCAUGGUUCGGGGUGUGGCUGCAGUGAGGGACGAGGACAAGAAGGAGGAGAACAAGGCCAGCAGCAAGCCCCGGGAGCCCCUCAUGUCUCUGGUGGACUGGGCCAAGAGUGGAGGAAUGGAAGGCUUCUCACUGAGAGGGGCGCUACGACUUCCCUCAUUCAAGGUGAAGAGGAAAGAACCUCUGGAGCUAGCAGAGGACUUGUACCAUGACAAGGGUCUAGAGGAAGAAAUGCAGAUGGGGAGGGCCACAGGGCUGAGAGGACAGCAGGCGGAGGAAGAAGAAGGACGAGAAGUCGGAAACCUUGGGACCUGGACAGCGAAGGAGAAGAGACUUCUGACGAGGACGAGGAGGGAAGUGACAAGGAGGAAGGAGAGCAGGCCGGCAGUGGACUGGACACCAUGGAUGAGUCUACGAUGGACAGCACAGCUUGACACAGAGAAGGGGAUGACCGACUCAAUAAAGAGCCCUGUCCCUCUGGUGUCCCCCCCAAUCACCCCCACCAAGUCCCCCAACAAACAGGGCCUCCCAAAUCUCAGUGUGGGUGUGUCGCACCGUGCAGACACUCCCCCUGCGACCACGCCUCCAUGGUCAAGAUGGCCUCGAGGAGGCCCGCCCCCUGUCACAAAAGGCCGGGGCAGGGACGCCCCAGGACUGUCAGCCUGUCGACCCCCACCCUCCCCCCUCCUUCCAACACCUCAGAAGGAGGAGGGGGGGGGACUGCAGAGGCUGAGACUCAGUAGCAGCUGGAGCAUCCAGCCUGCUACAACUGGCUCGGCCCCCACGGCUGAUAUGUGCCUGAAGCUGGACCAGACGCGGAGAUCAGAGGAGACCGAGACGUCAGACGAGGCAGAGGAGCAGAAAGUGGAGGAGGAGAUGCUUCUUCCAAAAGCCGCUCCCCUCGCCAAGAGGAAGGGAAUGGUGGCGAGACAGGGAACUGGAGGAGAUGGGGGAAAGCAGAGAACAAGAAGAGGAGGAGGAAAGAUAAGGAAAAUCUGGAGUCAGCAAAAAACGAAAAAGCAGAAGGAACAUCAGACCAAGAAACAGAAGAGGAAACUAGAGGAGGUGGACCUGGAGGAGGAUGUGGACGUGGAGCAGCUGGAGCCGGGUGAGCUGUCUAACACAGAGGACGAGGAAGAGGAAGAGUGGGACGAUGUGAGGAAGAGCGAGCGCCUCUUCCUCCAGGAGGCCGGGUUGACUUCGUCGCAGCGUUGGCCCAAGCCCAUCCCUGCCCCGGAGCCCGUCACGUUUGACCAGCGCAGCGAGUUUGAGCAGAUGACCAUCCUGUAUGACAUCUGGAACUCUGGUCUAGACAUGGAGGACAUGACGCUGCUGAAGACGACCUACGAGAAGCUGCUGCAGGACGACCACAGCACCGACUGGCUCAACGACACACACUGGGUCCACCACACUGUUACCAACAUCCCCAACCCGCGGCGUAAGAAGAAGAGUGCAGACGGGCAGCUGCGGGAGCACGUGACAGGCUGUGCCAGGAGCGAGGGCUACUACGCCAUCAGCAGGAAGGAGAAGGAUGUCUACCUGGAUCUGGAACUGCCUGAGCAGGCCCUACUGGAGGCUGCCGACUACGACGCCUCUGGCUCAAACCGGCUGCUGUCAGAGAGACGGUCGGAGCAGCGCCGCCUCCUCAGUGCCAUAGGCAUCCCUGCAGUCAUGGACUCUGACCUGCUCAAACUCAAUCAGCUCAAGUUCCGUAAGAAGAAGCUUCGAUUUGGCCGCAGUAGGAUCCAUGAAUGGGGCCUGUUCACCAUGGAACCCAUUGCUGCUGACGAGAUGGUCAUUGAGUAUGUGGGCCAGAAUAUCAGACAGAUGGUGGCUGACAACAGAGAGAAGCGUUAUGCCCAGCAGGGCAUUGGGAGCAGCUACCUGUUCAGAGUGGACCACGACACCAUCAUUGAUGCUACCAAGUUAGGCAACCUGGCACGCUUCAUCAACCACUGCUGCACUCCUAACUGCUAUGCAAAGGUGAUCACCAUAGAAUCCCAGAAGAAGAUUGUGAUCUACUCCAAGCAAGCCAUUGGCAUGAAUGAAGAGAUUACCUACGACUACAAGUUCCCUCUAGAGGAAAAUAAAAUUCCCUGUCUGUGUGGAACAGAGAACUGCCGUGGGACGCUCAACUAGAUAUCACAGCAUGACCACUCUCACACUGAGGUGUGGCAGUGCCCCGUUUCAGUCCCUCCUGUCCCCCCUCCACAACCUCCGACUAUAACCAAGAACAAAGCCACACCCACCACCAACAGCCCCCCUCCUGACCGCAAAGCCCACCUGCUCCUCCAGACUGUCAAACAGUUGUCUGUACCAUAUCCAGAAAACAGAGAGAGACAUGCAACGUUUGCACUGUUCACACGCUUUAAUUUACCUGGGGUUAUGGUUUAUUAUCUUAGGGGCUGUGAUACUCUCCUUCCCAGGGGUGUGAUUAAUAAUCGGGCCCCCUCUUCUGUACCCCAAACCCCUGAAAUGCAGCAUUAGUCUCCGCUGUAGCAGGAUUUAAUAACUUAGGACCACUUGUUCCCGUUCGGUCAAGAGUGGACAUUUUUUACCCCCCUGCCAACAGCCUUUCCUUGGAAUAGAGAAUGUAACCGUAACCUGGUUUUGUAUGUCUUGUCUGCCUCCGCACAGAUAGGGAGUGGUCCGGAAGCUCCCGCUAACCCAAACCCUCUGCCCACACACACCAAUCCGCACAUAGACGCACAGGAUUUACAAACAUAUUCAGGGUUUUAAAGGCGCUCGUUCGCAGCGCAGUUUUAGUUACACACUAAUCCAUUGGGACUUCAGUUAUGCAAGAUUUCCAAACAUGAAGAUUGUUUGAGCUUUGUCAUUUUAUAGUAUUGCAUAUUCUUAUUCUUGUUCUGAUUUAGUUGCGUGAGCUGUAGGUGGGUGUGUGACUCUCCCCUCACCAGUUUGUUUGGAUGAGAGACCAUAGACUUAAAUAUUUGUUUUUCACCAUGCUAAAUAAGAACAAAUCAUUUGUAGAUCAAAUAGUGUGUGGCGUCACAUCAGUUUAUCUUUAAAGCUUAAGAUGGCUGCUGAGUUUUAGUCUGCAGGUUUAUCUCAAUUUGGAAUGCAUUGUUUUUUUCCUUUCACGUUCCCCUUUCCCCAUUGUGAUGUUGUUCCUCCUCACGUUAGGAAGCAGAGAAAGGACCUGACCCGUGUGUAUCUGUGUUAAGAGAAUGUAUUCUUACGGGAGCGAGUAAGUUUUUAUUCCUGUCGUGUGAAUGUGCUCUCACUGUCAAUUAGUAGUUUUGUGCUAUUGAACAACCUGCAAAUGUCAGGUUGUCUGCGCUUUUUGUAUGACAUGGUCAAGGCACACUGUCAGGAAAACUGUUUCUAUGAAAUCUCCCUUAUUUGGCAAACCAUUAGACAAAUCUGUUCAAAAAAWGUUUUUAAUUUAAAUGUAACCUUUAUUUAACUAGGCAAGUCAGUUAAGAACAAAUUCUUAUUUACAAUGAUGGCCUACCC